CAGACUUCCCUCUUGUCUUGUCAUGGCAAGUUACCCCACAGAACAACGCAUUGCAACGUGUUGUAUCGGUGACAUCAAAUAAAUAAAUAAACAAAAGCCUAUUAUUUGCUUGUAUAUAUUUAUUGAACGCUGCUGAAUUUAGAAUCAACAUAGUAGCCUAGCUUAAACUAGCAAAAUAGAUGGCAUUACAAUAGAUGCUUCAAUCGUAGGAUUUGGAUGGGUGCUCGUCUCUCUACGUCGUGAUAGAGAUAUUUACUUACUGGCUUUUCAUGGUUGCUAAUGAUACAAUAAUAGAUCCGCAAGUCACAUAGUAUUAGUUUACAAUUAAACAAAUACAAUACAGGGCAAUACCUUGAGAGUCGAAAUAGCGGCAUUCUUAAGUGGUGUGUGUCGAUUGUUUUCCACUACUAAACUAGCUUUAGGACCCGGUGUCUGUCUGAGCUUUUUUUUCCUUCUUUGUAGUUUUGUUUCCCUGGCUCGAGCAACGUACAAUUCGGAGUGUGCGGAGUGUGAGUAGGAGAAAGGACCUAAAAUCUUGGGAUGUCCAUGGGAAGAGUCGGCUGAAAGACACUGUAAUGUGGCAAAACGACCCGUGUUACGAGUGAUUUCCUAGCGUUUGGAAUUUAUUCAGGCUCGCUCUCGUCUUCGCGCGCUCCCCCGUUCUUACCCAAACCUCACUGAAGACAAUCUUAUUGCUGCAGCGUGCUUUUGGGCACAACUUUCCCGUCUUAUCCAUCCUCCUCAGGACCUAGAUAAGGAAAGAAAUUCGUCUUUCCAGGCGUACAUAUCAGCUAUGAGGGAAAGGGAGCGCUGUAUUCGCUACUUAUUUUUCACAUUGUCUUUGGUGGUGUUUUGGCAGACAAGGUCAGGAAUAGCUGACUCCACGACAGACGCCUUCAAAAACAACAUCACUCUCUUCACCAGAAUCCUGGACAGACUGCUGGAUGGCUAUGAUAAUCGGCUCAGACCUGGGCUUGGGGAUCGUGUAACGGAAGUGAAGACGAACAUCUACGUUACCAGCUUUGGCCCAGUCUCGGACACUGACAUGGAGUACACUAUAGAUGUUUUCUUCCGUCAGAGCUGGAAAGAUGAGCGGCUACGGUUCAACGGUCCAAUGGAGAUUCUACGUCUGAACAACCUGAUGGCCAGCAAGAUAUGGACACCGGACACCUUCUUCCACAAUGGGAAGAAGUCAGUGGCCCACAACAUGACUAUGCCCAACAAGCUGCUGAGGAUCCAGGAGGAUGGGACUUUGCUGUACACCAUGAGGUUGACAGUCCAGGCAGAGUGCCCUAUGCACCUGGAGGACUUCCCCAUGGACUCUCACUCCUGCCCCCUGAAGUUUGGCAGCUAUGCUUACACAAUGGCAGAGGUGACAUACUCGUGGACCCACAACGCCUCCAAGUCGGUCGUGGUCGCAGAGGAUGGGUCACGGUUAAACCAGUAUGAUCUGCUUGGACAGACGGUCGGGAAGGAAACCAUUAAAUCAAGCACAGGGGAAUACACGGUCAUGACGGCCCAGUUUCACUUGAAACGCAAGAUUGGCUACUUUGUGAUCCAAACCUACCUGCCUUGCAUCAUGACGGUCAUCUUGUCCCAGGUGUCCUUCUGGCUGAAUAGGGAGUCGGUCCCAGCCAGGACUGUCUUUGGUGUGACAACGGUGCUGACCAUGACCACCUUGAGCAUUAGCGCCCGCAAUUCCUUGCCCAAGGUGGCCUAUGCCACCGCCAUGGACUGGUUCAUCGCUGUCUGCUACGCCUUCGUCUUCUCUGCCCUCAUUGAGUUUGCCACCGUCAACUACUUCACCAAGCGCGGGUGGGCCUGGGAUGGGAAAAGUGUGGUAAAUGAUAAGAAAAAGGAGAAGGCCUCGGUCAUGAAGAAGAACAACGCGUACGCUGUUGCGGUGGCCAACUACGCGCCCAACAUCACCAAGGACUCGGUCCUGCCCACCAUCUCCAAGGGCGGCGCCGCCACUGACCCGAACAAGGCCAAGCCCGAAGCCAAGCCCGUGGAGAACAAGAAGACCUUCAACAGCGUGAGCAAAAUCGACCGCAUGUCCCGGAUUAUGUUCCCCGUCCUCUUUGGGAGCUUCAACCUGGUGUACUGGGCCACGUACCUAAACAGAGAACCUGUCAUCAAGGAUAUGGUGCCCUCAAAGUAGAGCGGGAAGGCGGUCCAUCACAGUGCAGUGUAUCCUUUAAAAUGGACUGGAGACAUGCCAAAUACAACCAGUAACUGCUGAGCUACGAGCCUUGGUGAAUUGGUGUAGGAUGGGCCACGCACUGCAAUUAUUUUUAGAUCUUGUUUUUAUUUUAUUUUAUUUUUUUUUUGUUUUGCUUAUUUUUAUUUUACUCCACAUUUGAGCAGUGCUUUUGGGAUGACACAUGUGGCUGUAAAUAUGUAUGUAUUCAUUUUCUUGUGUACUGUAUUUAAUAUUUUUAAUAUUUAUUUAUUUAUUUAUUUAAUUUUGUGGGGAGGUGAUAUGGUUAUAUAUUCAUAUAUAUUCUUUUUUUUAAACAGUUGUGUUUAUUCCCUGCAUUGGACCAGCUGGAUAUGCUAGAAAACCUAGAAAUGGAAAACCAAAAUAUUUUUUUCAAUAUUUUGGAAUGUAAGAUGUAGGUCAAGGUAAAAUCCCUGUACUGUAUGCAAUUAUGCUUCUCAAUUAAUCUUUUUUUUCUAUUUUCGUCCAAUUGCCAAUGUUUUGCUCUUCUUAAAAGACAUCUACAGUGGUUCUACAUGGACAUAAAAAUGAGGAGAAAUGUUUUGUUGGACACAGCAAGCGUGAAAGUCAGUCAGGCUAUUUACUUGGUGCGUGCUGGCAAUGCCCAAAUAAAUUGUGCCCUUGCAAUUUAUUUUUGGAUAAUUACAAAAAUUUUCGAUAAAACAAAUGUCAAAUUAGCUGUACAUCAUAUUUUCAAUAACUGCAAGGAAAAUCUUUAAUAAUUUGAUUUAAAAAGGCUCUAAAUGCCCUUUAAUAUUAAUUCCUGUAGGCCACAAUUUUAAGGCUUAGUCUUGGGUUCUGUUAGUGAACUCUUAAAGGACCAAAACACCUAUAAGUGCUUCACUUAAAGAUAGUUCACACAAAUAUUUUGAGCAGUAUUUAUAUUUUAUUUAUAUUUAUAUUUAGUUUUUAGUAAUGUAAAUGGACGUUUUGGAAUGUGCAAACAUAUAUUUUUUGAUGUAUGUGUAUUUGUUUUCAAUAUUUUACAGUUUAAUGUAGAUGAUGUUUUAAAAUAUUGUUUUUUUCUCCGAUUAUACAUACAGUAUAUUGGGCAUACGUGUUUCUUAAAUCUUUAUUAAGAUACAUUUGUUACCUUGAAUUUGUAUCUGAUUUACUAUUUACAUUGCAAACAUGUAAAAAAAAAAAACUCAAUUUGUGUAUAAAUUACAUUUGAUGUGAGUUCAGUAUUUCCAUGCAUUGCUGUAAUACCAACUCAUUAUACAACUAUUGUCUGAAACAUGAUGGUUCCGAAUAAGUGUAUACACUUUUGUUUUAUCUACAGAGCCAAACUAACAUUGCAGGGAACAUUUUUGUGAUUUUUCUUUUUUUACAGUUUGCCAGGUGGCUGUAUUACUCAUGAUGGAUCUUUGAGAAUGAGCCCUGUCGUACUUUUUUUUUGUUACUCUAUAUCUUUAUGGUUAGCUCUCAUGAAGUAUCUAUGAUAAAUGUUUUGAAACAAAAGGGUUAAUAUGUUAGCAUUCCCUUUUAUUGGCUGAAUUGAACAUGGAAGAUCUUUGUUAUGAACAUUUCUAUUGUAAGUAAAUAUGUAGUUUAGUGGGACUUGUUACAGUAGUGUACAGUAAUUUAUUACAUUAAAGGUGUGGCACACAACAUGACAACUCGGUACACCAUUUGCUCGACAGAAACAAAAACAAAAACUUCUGAUUCUUAAAUCAGUAAAACCAAAUUUGAUCUGUGAACCAGAAAGAUUUUUUAGGUGUGUUGUUUUGGAGGUCAAUGGAUUUUUGUGAAUGAACCUAGUGCUUUGCAUGAUGAUAUUGGUGUCAAAAUAACAGCAAUUCUAUUUUCUAAGAACAAAUGAUAAAACCUGAACACUACGUAUUUCUUUAUUCACACCCCCAGUUCCAACCACGGUCAAAAUUUAUAAUUGUGCGUGUUGGAGUAGGGAAUGCUUUCACCAGAAUAUCACCGGCGGUACCAAUUUGCUGUUUAAAAGGGGGGGCUUUGGGGAGGGGAGGGUGGGCUGUUGGUAAAAAAAAAAACAAAAAAAAACAAAAACAAAAAAACAUUUCUCCGCUUGCUGUACAUAUUCUUUUUCUUCCAGUUAUCUGAAAGGAUUGCGCAGUUUGUGGGGAUUAUGCAGUGUUUGUUUAAGCAAUAAAAAAACACAUUUGGUUAGAGUUGUACAUGUUGCUUGUUGGAAUGGUACAUGCCAGGAAUGUAAUGGCUUAUUUUGUGAAAUAAGCGCAUUUCCAGGAAAAUUCUUCUAGUAUAGAUGUAAAAUAUCCUGUAAUAUUCUCUGCUGUGGAAUGCCAUUAUUAUUAUUAUUAUUAUGAUUAUUAUUAUUAUUAUUAUCAUUAUUUAAAUCAUGGUUAUCUGAAUAAUUUUCAGUGAAACUCAGAACAAGUUAAAAACCAAGAAAAGAACAUAGUUUUUUUUUUUUCUUGGUUUUUAACUUUUUUCUUUCUAUAUUUAUUAUUUA